AUGGGGGAGGCAAGGGGGAAGGGUGCUGCUGGUGGUGCCGCUGCUGGUGCUGCUGCUGGUAGGAUGGGAGGAGGAAGGGAGGAGCGGAGGGUGGGUUGGGUGGAGGAGGAGGAGGGCGAUGCUAUGGGGGAGGAAAGGGGGGAGGGUGCUGCUGGUGGUGCCGUCGAGAUGCCGCUGAUGAUGCUGCUGCAGAUCCGCGCGACUGGGAAGCCCGUGGCGAACGCACGCGGGACAGCCCGCGGCAAACGAGCGGGACGUGCAGAGAUGGGCGCGAAAUGGUCAGAUUUCAGCGCAGGAGAUGCAGAUCUGGUCGCGCGGAGUGCAGAUCUGGGCGGGCGGAGGGCAGAUCUGGGCGGGCGAAGUGCAGAUCUGGGCGCGCGGAGUGCAGAUCUGGGCGGGCGGAGUGCAGAUCUGGGCGCGCGGAGUGCAGAUCUGGGCGGGCGGAGUGCAGAUCUGGGCGCGCGGAGUGCAGAUCUGGAUCUAGGCGCGGGAGGAGUAGAUCUGGUCGCAGGGAGUGCAGAUCUGGGCGCUGGAGAUGCAGAUCUGAGCGCGGGGAGUGCAGAUCUGGGCGCUGGAGAUGCAGAUCUGAGCGCGGGGAGUGCAGAUCUGGGCGCUGGAGAUGCAGAUCUGAGCGCGGGGAGUGCAGAUCUGGGCGCUGGAGUUGCAGAUCUGAGCGCGGGGAGUGCAGAUCUGGGCGCUGGAGUUGCAGAUCUGAGCGCGGGGAGUGCAGAUCUGGGCGCUGGAGUUGCAGAUCUGGACGUGCCUUGGAGGGCAGCGCCUUAG